UGUGGACGACGGCCGGCAAUGCCGCCGAGUCGUCCACCACACUUGGCUACCAUGGAAAUCGAGAAAUAUUUCACACCGAAAGCUACUCUGUUUUUGUACGUACAUCUCACUCGCACCUAUAGUACACCAUGUGAUGCUCCGUUCACGCCCUGGCCUGGCCACCACCAGACACUCCAGUCGACCGCAUGCGCAUGGAGCAAGCGUCGCACUACCUGUGCCUCUUCCUGGCUCUACUCCUACCCCUCCUGCUCCUCAGGCUACUCAGGGGGCGCGACGGCGACGCCAGCGGCGGCGGCGGCGUCCGGCUGCCGCCAGGCCCAUGGCGGCUGCCGGUGAUCGGCAGCCUACACCACCUCGUGGGGAAGCCGCUGGUGCACCGCGCGCUCGCCGACCUCGCGCGCCGCCUCGACGCGCCGCUCAUGUACCUCAGGCUCGGCGAGGUCCCCGUCGUGGUGGCCACGUCCCGUGACGCCGCGCGCGAGGUCCUGCGGACGAACGACGUCGCGUUCGCCACGCGGCCGUGGAGCCCCACGAUCAGGAUCAUGAUGCAGGAAGGGAUGGGCCUGGCGUUCGCGCCCUACGGCGACGUGUGGCGCCAGCUCCGCAAGAUCUGCAUCCUGGAGCUCCUCAGUGCUCGCCGCGUCCAGUCGUUCCGCCAUGUUCGGGAGGACGAGGUGGCGCGCCUCGUCGCCGCCGUCGCCGCCGCCCCGUACCCGCACGGCGAGCCCGUCAACGUCAGCCACCGCGUCGCCGUGCUCGUCGCCGACUCGGCCGUGCGUGCCAUGAUCGGGGACAGGUUCAGCAGGCGGGACGAGUUCUUGGUGUCGCUCGAGGAGGGGCUCAAGAUCGUCUCCGGGUUCAGCCUAGGCGACCUAUUCCCGUCAUCGCCAUUGGUGAACUUCCUCAGCGGAACGGCACGGCGAGCGCAAGCAAAUCACCGGAAGAACUUUGAGCUCAUGGAUUGCGCCAUCAAGCAACACGAGGAAAGGAGAGCCCUAGCGGCGGCGAACGGCGCCGCUGUCCGGGACCAGGAGGAAGAAGAAGACCUAGUGGACGUGCUCUUGAGGAUACAAAAGGAAGGCGGCCUCGGCAUGCCCCUCACAAUGGGAAUGAUCAAAGCCGUUAUCCUUGACUUGUUCAGCGCUGGAAGCGAGACAUCAGCAACUACACUGCAGUGGGCAAUGGCGGAGCUUAUGAGGAACCCGGAUGUGAUGAAGAAAGCACAAGCCGAGCUACGUGACAACCUCAAUGGUAAGCCGAAAGUGACCGAAGAUGACUUGGUAAAGAUGAAGUAUUUGAAGCUCAUCAUCAAGGAAACAUUGAGGUUGCAUCCAGCGGCGCCAUUGCUUCUCCCAAGGGAGGCAAGGGAGUCAUGCAAGAUUCUUGGGUAUGAUGUGCCAAAGGGAACCACGGUGUUGGUGAACGCGUGGGCGAUUGGUAGGGAUCCAAAGUAUUGGAAUGAUGCUGAAGAGUUUAAGCCAGAGCGAUUUGAGUGUGGCACAAUCGAUUUCAAGGGAAUGGACUUUGAGUACAUACCAUUUGGUGCUGGUAGAAGAAUAUGCCCUGGAAUGGUGUUUGCGCAGUCGAAUAUAGAACUUGCACUGGCAGCACUGCUUUACCACUUUGAUUGGAAGCUCAAAGAGGGGAUGAAGCCAAGUGAGUUGGAUAUGGUUGAGGACAUAGGCAUCACUGUUCGAAAGAAGAAUGACUUGCUUUUGCAUCCUAUCGUUCGUGUGCCCCACCAAUAAUAAACGCAACUAUAGUUGCUUCAAGCAUUGUAUUUGCCUAUAUGAUUCAUAUAUGCUAUAUGAACUCAUAUGUAAGUUAUCUUAUAUAUCAUCCUUAUAUAAGAAUGAUAAACUAUGAAAACUUCCAGCUUGGAAAUGCUGACAUCCUUAUUCCAGAUUUUGGAGGCAAUCGACCAACACUAU